AUGUUAAACUAUGUGAUCAGCAUCACCUGGCUGAUGCAUCACCUGGCUGAUGGUAAGUUUAUGUGUGCGGAUAAGCUGAUGUUAAACUAUGUGAUCAGCAUCACCUGGCUGAUGAUCAGUGUGUAUUGUUGCCUUGGGUCGCAGGCGGUAGAGGGCUCACCUCAGGUGCUUGGGUCGCAGGCGGUAGAGGGCUCACCUCAGGUGCUUGGGUCGCAGGUGGUAGAGGGCUCACCUCAGGUGCUUGGGUUCGCAGGCGGUAGAGGGCUCACUCAGGGCUCACCUCAGGUACUUGGGUCGCAGGCGGUAGAGGGCUCACCUCAGGUACUUGGGUCGCAGGCGGUAGAGGGCUCACCUCAGGUACUUGGGUCGCAGGCGGUAGAGGGCUCACCUCAGGUACUUGGGUCGCAGGCGGUAGAGGGCUCACCUCAGGUACUUGGGUCGCAGGCGGUAGAGGGCUCACCUCAGGUACUUGGGUCAGGCAGGCUUGGGUCGCAGGUACAGCGCUCACCUCAGGUACUUGGGUCGCAGGCGGUAGAGGGCUCACCUCAGGUACUUGGGUCGCAGGCGGUAGAGGGCUCACCUCAGGUACUUGGGUCGCAGGCGGUAGAGGGCUCACCUCAGGUACUUGGGUCGCAGGCGGUAGAGGGCUCACCUCAGGUGUUUGGGUUGGGUCGCAGCUCACCUCAGGCGGUAGAGGGCUCACCUCAGGCUUGGGUAGGCGGUAGAGGCUCACCUCAGGUACUUGGGUCGCAGGCGGUAGAGGGCUCACCUCAGGUACUUGGGUCGCAGGCGGUAGAGGGCUCACCUCAGGUACUUGGGUCGCAGGCGGUAGAGGGCUCACCUCAGGUACUUGGGUUACAGGCGGUAGAGGGCUCACCUCAGGUACUUGGGCAGGCGGUAGAGGGCUCACCUCAGGUACUUGGGUCGCAGGCGGUAGAGGGCUCACCUCAGGUGCUUGGGUCGCAGGCGGUAGAGGGCUCACCUCAGGUGCUUGGGUCGCAGGCGGUAGAGGGCUCACCUCAGGUACUUGGGUGCAGGCGGUAG